GGGAUUGACCCUCUGUUAGGGUGCUAACGUGAACUGUAACCUUAAUGUAGUUGGCUAAUAACCUCGCUAACAUAGCAGGCGUGUAGAUGUACACAUCUAGUUGGAUGAAGUAAGCGUCAUUCAAUGUCAGUGGGCGGAACAGCUAGCUAGUAAUGGCAAUUUUGGCUAAAAUUGGCAAGCUAUCCAGUCAGCUCUCCUCCUUUUGCUCCUGCAGAAAUGCCGAAUAUGAUCCUCUCUGCUGAUGUUUGGAUUUCGUUGUGGACUUUGUGCCAGCCAUUCAAGUUGCGGGCCUGAGCCAUUGCACCAGCCUUUUUUUUUUUUUGUCUUCAAGACGUCUAUUUUCUGCAUACCCAGAAUGACACAGAUUGGAUUAAACACAAAGGCCUGAUCCGAAGGGGUGUGUCACGAGCAGGUAAAACCGAGAGCCCGGGGGCGAAGAAGAAAGACAGGGAAUGAUGACUUACAACAACAGAGAACUGGUGGUGUACUAUAUUACCUAUAAACUAUCACAGAGGGACUACCCCUUCAACCACAUGGAGCUCACGGAAGCCCAGAAUCGGACUGAGGUGGGACAGGUGGAAGGGGGUGCGGCAGUCCUAACAUACGUCAACGGGACGAGUCCCGGGACUCCACCACCACGGCAGUCGCCCCCCUCCUCCCCUCGGCGGACAGCGGGCCUGGACGCAGUGAAAGAGGCAUUGCGGGACUCUGCCAACGAGUUUGAGCUGCGUUAUGCCAGAGCGUUCAGUGACCUGUCCUCCCAGCUACACAUCACGCCGUCCACAGCCUACCAGAGCUUUGAGAACGUGAUGGACGAGGUGUUCCGGGACGGUGUCAACUGGGGACGGGUGGUGGGCCUGUUUUCCUUCGGAGGGGCCCUCUGUGUAGAAUGUGUGGACAAGGAGAUGAACCCCUUGGUGGGAAGGAUCACAGACUGGAUGACCGUCUACCUGGACAACCACAUCCAGCCCUGGAUCCAGAGCCAAGGAGGAUGGGACCGGUUUGCAGAGAUCUUUGGAAUGGACGCUGCAGCCGAGAGCAGGAAGUCUCAGGAGAGCUUUAAGAAGUGGCUUCUGGCAGGGAUGACCCUGGUCACAGGAGUCGUCGUAGGGUCACUCUUCGCUCAGAAACGCCUGUGAGAACGACAGCCACAACAGACGCCGUCUAGGGAAAUGAAGGAAUUGCUUAACUUUUUCUUAUUUCUCCUUUAAUUUCCAAGAAAAUACAUUAUUAUUAUGUUUGAACCUUGCAUCCCACCAUACACUGAGGACUCUCUGACAAACUGUUGAGAUUAAAGAGAGAAUGAUGGUCACUUAUGUUACCUUCAUCAAAUACCUCCCUGCAACACCCUAAAACACAAGAAAAUGGAGGGAGGUAUCUAGGACUGUCUUGGGCCAAACCUUCCUCUUUUUCCUUUUGUCUACUCUUUCCUGUCGAGCUUUUUCUCCAAUUGCUGUAUUAAUUAGUUUUUACAAAUGUAAAAGGGAUUCAGAAACAAGCUAGCGCAUCAUAUAGGCGCGUUGGCCUGAGAUUAGUGAGGUCAUUUAAUUUGUCGUGUGUGUUCAUUGGUUUGUUUUUAUUUUUCUACCAUUAAAAACCCACGUGAUCAUUUCCUGUUGUGAUGGUGGUCUAAUACCUGGCACACAGAACACACAAGGUGCACAACAAACCACUAGCCAGUGACGAUGAGUAUUUAUCUAGCAGCUGGGGAAAACGUUAAGUGUUUUUAAAACUUACAACACAACCUUGUGAUCAUUUUUAGCUAAUAAGAUUGAAGAUGAAUGAAGCAGAAACCUUAUUUAGUGAGAUUACAGAUCAUUGAGACUCCUGAUGUUCAUAUCGAAGACAUGAGAAAAUGUUGUCAGGCCGACUUCGGGGUCGGACCUCUUCAACCUGCCACCUCUGUCUGCCUUAGUUUUCACAUGUGGCACAUUCAUUUCUGAUCUCCUUCCUGUCACAGCAGCUGAUGUCAUGCGUCACUCAACACACCUGCUGUUUAGACCACAUCUGUCAAACCUAGUCGACAGAGACUGAGGAAAACGAUUCCUUGGUGUCCAAACGUCUUUAAUUUAAACACAGCGUCAGUAAGUCAGGAGGGUGUUUGUAGUCUGGCAUUUUUAUAGUGUCACGCUCCGUGAGCUGGCAGUUAGCUUCACUCAGGAGGAAGUAGGAGGAUGAGAAGGAGGGGGAGACGGGUGCAACGCCCCACCCACAUUCUGACCCUCUGCUUCAGGGAACGGAGCCCUAGGGAAGUAGCGCUCCUCUUGUGUGACAGGUAGACGGUUGUAAACCCAGCCUUUUAGACUUUGCAACGGCGUCCUGCGUUUCAAAACUGGAUUGAGGUCUCUCUCACUUGCUGUGGUUUUUCCACAUUUUAUUUGAACAGUGUAGCAGAGCUGUGUUAAACUUUAGAGGCAUGUCAACGUUUAUAUGCUUUAUUUUAUGUCAAAGCCCUGUUAGUUUAUAGUUUCUUUACCCCACGUUUUCUAUGCAUUUCCUGCUUAAUAUUGUUGAUGUGUUUUUAAAUCUUAUGUUUUUUGACUGCUUUUCUCAAUUGCAGAUGAAUAACUUGGGUUUCAUCAGGAAACAUUUAUCCGACUGCCAAUACCCUCCAAGCAGCUCAUACCGUACCGGGCCCUCCAGUGUAUUUAGUUACAGUACCAGUACCGGGCCCUCCAGUGUAUUUAGUUACAGUACCGGUACCGGGCCCUCCAGUGUAUUUAGUUACAGUACCGGUACCGGGCCCUCCAGUGUAUUUAGUUACAGUACCAGUACCGGGCCCUCCAGUGUAUUUAGUUACAGUACCAGUACCGGGCCCUCCAGUGUAUUUAGUUACAGUACCGGUACCGGGCCCUCCAGUGUAUUUAGUUACAGUACCAGUACCGGGCCCUCCAGUGUAUUUAGUUACAGUACCAGUACCGGGCCCUCCAGUGUAUUUAGUUAGUUACAGUACCGGUACCGGGCCUUCCAGUGUAUUUAGUUACAGUACCGGUCCCGGGCCCUCCAGUGUAUUUAGUACCAGUACCGGGCCCUCCAGUGUAUUUAGUACCAGUACCGGUACCGGGCCCUCCAGUGUAUUUAGUUACAGUACCGGUACCGGGCCCUCCAGUGUAGUUAGUUACAGUACCAGUACCGGGCCCUCCAGUGUAUUUAGUUAGUUACAGUACCAGUACCGGGCCCUCCAGUGUAUUUAGUUAGUUACAGUACCGGUACCGGGCCCUCCAGUGUAUUUAGUUAGUUACAGUACCGGUACCGGGCCCUCCAGUGUAUUUAGUUACAGUACCGGUACCGGGCCCUCCAGUGUAUUUAGUUACAGUACCGGUACCGGGCCCUCCAGUGUAUUUAGUUACAGUACCGGUACCGGGCCCUCCAGUGUAUUUAGUUAGUUACAGUACCGGUACCGGGCCCUCCAGUGUAUUUAGUACCAGUACCGGGCCCUCCAGUGUAUUUAGUUACAGUACCAGUACCGGGCCCUCCAGUGUAUUUAGUUAGUUACAGUACCGGUACCGGGCCCUCCAGUGUAUUUAGUUACAGUACCGGUACCGGGCCCUCCAGUGUAUUUAGUUACAGUACCGGUACCGGGCCCUCCAGUGUAUUUAGUUACAGUACCGGUACCGGGCCCUCCAGUGUAUUUAGUUACAGUACCAGUACCGGGCCCUCCAGUGUAUUUAGUGAGUUACAGUACCGGUACCGGGCCCUCCAGUGUAUUUAGUUAGUUACAGUACCGGUACCGGGCCCUCCAGUGUAUUUAGUUAGUUACAGUACCGGUACCGGGCCCUCCAGUGUAUUUAGUUAGUUACAGUACCGGUACCGGGCCCUCCAGUGUAUUUAGUUAGUUACAGUACCGGUACCGGGCCCUCCAGUGUAUUUAGUUAGUUACAGUACCGGUACCGGGCCCUCCAGUGUAUUUAGUUACAGUACCGGUACCGGGCCCUCCAGUGUAUUUAGUUACAGUACCGGUACCGGGCCCUCCAGUGUAUUUAGUUAGUUACAGUACCGGUACCGGGCCCUCCAGUGUAUUUAGUUACAGUACCGGUACCGGGCCCUCCAGUGUAUUUAGUUACAGUACCGGUACCGGGCCCUCCAGUGUAUUUAGUUACAGUACCGGUACCGGGCUCUCCGGUGUAUUUAGUUACAGUACCGGGCCCUCCAGUGUAUUUAGUUACAGUGCCGGGCCCUCCAGGGUAUUUUAGUUACAGUACCGGGCCCUCCAGAGUAUUUCGUUAGUAACAGUUUGUUCAGGUCCACCGUCACCCUGCUUAGGAUCUUGAUGCUCUCCUCUCCCUAAUUAUUUUCUGUUUGAUAUCUCAAGAACACCAUAUUAUUUGAUUCUCUGGGGACAAGGUUUUCUCUUUACUUAUGAAUAUACUAUAGAUCAGGGCUCUGUUCCUGGAGAGCUACCGUACUGUAGGUUUUCACUCCAACCCUGUUCCUGGAGAGCUACCGUCCUGUAGGUUUUCACUCCAACCCUGUUCCUGGAAAGCUACCACCCUGUAGGUUUACACUCCAACCCUGUUCCUGGAGGGCUACCGUCCUGUAGGUUUACACUCCAACCCUGUUCCUGGGGGGCUACCGCCCUGCAGGUUUACACUCCAACCCUGUUCCUGGAGUGCUACCGUCCUGUAGGUUUACACUCCAACCCUAAUGUAGCUCACCUGAAUUGAAUUAGCUGGUUGAUAAGCUGAAUCAGGUUAGUUACAGCUGGGGUUGGACUGAAAACCUGCAGGAUGGUUGCUCUCCAGGCAAAAAGCUGGCCACGUUGCUCCAAACAUCAAAUUUCAAAGUGUAUCGUUCCAUUUCUCCAAAUGUUGAAGUUAAGGGUUCAGUUUAGGGACUCAUUCUGAAUGGUUAAGGUUUGGGGUAUUGUUCACAACUGGGAUCGAACACACAGCCUUCUGAUCCAGUCAUGGGAUUUCGGCCAUCCACAACACCCUGGCAAAACCCAAGCCUACUUGAUGGUAAUGGUGCUCACUGUUGCCCCUAGUGGCCGGUUUUGAAGACAUUUCCCAACAUUUCAGGAUGUGGAUAGACGUCCAAUUUCGACACCAAACUUGAACGACCUGGCUGCUCCAGGAAGAGUGGGAAAGCCCUGCUAUAGAUAAAUAUCUGCCAACUGAUCAUGAACCAUUUCAUCACACAUUCCAAGACAGUAAUAUAUUUUUCUAGUGUGUGCCCCACAAAAUGCUAGCCUGGGUGCCAGUCUGUUACUGCUCUCUUGCCAACUCCUUAUAGAAUUGUCAUAGCAUGUUUGUCUUGACAAUGACGAGUGCACAAAAGCAGAAACGGAUCUGGGACCAGGCUAACAAAAAGCUGCUUGCAGGCUUUUCCUGCAAUGUGACCUUUGUCACAUGAAGAAGUUCCCUCCGUGUGAAUGUGUGUGUGCAUUCGUGUUGUAUGGAAAAUGUUUUGCAGGAGGCAUAAGAAUGAAUUGAAACAAUGUACUGGUUAUUUAAACAAUCAUUAGAAUAGUAUCAUAGUUACUAACAUAUUAAAAACAAUUAGCUAACUUUGAAAUGUUAUUUAUGAUAUUUGGUGUAAAGUGUCCCUUCAAAUUGCCUUAUUAAAUUCCAUAUUUGCAUUGUGUACUUUGUAUUUCAUUGUUAAUGUUUUGCGUUUAACUGCUAAUAGAAUAUUGAUAGGGUAAAGGAGGAAAACAACGCCGUGUCUGUCUUAGAUUACAUGCAACUGAAUAAAAGACCAAUGUGGAACAUG